AUGGCGGAAAAUAAGAAGAAGUGCAGACAGUAUAGUGUUGAGUACAUUAGAUAUGGCUUUAUUCCCUCACCCGCAAACAUCCAGCUCCCGAUGUGCCUGCUUUGCCAGCAGGUUUUUUCUAACGAGGCAAUGAAACCGUCCCGUCUAAAGGAGCACUUAACUAAAAUCCACCCCGAUAAGGCAUCCAAGGAUGUUGCGUAUUUCCAGGACCUCAAGGAUCAACUUUCAAAACGGUCCAUCUCCAAGAUGUUCGUUAGGAAGGUAAACCAGGCAGAGAGUGGGUUGGUGGCCUCCUAUAACAUCUCUCUCCUGAUCGCAAAGUCCGGGUUGCCAUUUACAGUGGGGGAGAAGCUGGUUAUCCCAGCGAUUAAAGAGGCCAUCUCUACUGUCAUGGAGAGAGACCCGUCGCCAGUGAUGCAGGCCAUCCCGCUCAGCAAUGACAGUGUGGCUCGGAGAAUAAAGGAGAUGGCGCUGGAUACUGAGCAGCAGUUGUGUGCCACACUGCGUGAAAAUCCAUUCAGUAUCCAGCUGGAUGAAACCACGACAAUGGACAAUAAUGUUCUGUUGAUGGCGUAUGUACGUUACAUGUCUGAGAGAGAUGUGGCCGAGGAUGUUUUGUUUGCCAAGUAUCUCUCCACUGACACACGAGGGGAGACGAUCUUCAGGGCCCUGAGUCAGUACCUGCUGGAGAACUCUAUUCCGAUCGCAAACAUCCUCGGCUGUGCCACAGAUGGAGCUCCCGCAAUGGUUGGCAGGUACCGUGGCUUCGCAACUUUGUUAAAGGAGCGUGUGCCGCAGGUGUUAACAGUGCACUGCAUGUUGCACCGUCACAACUUAGUGGCCAAAAAUAUAAGUCCUUCUCUCCACCAGUCUCUGAACAUCGCUGUCAGGUCCAUAAACAAAAUUAAGGCCCAUGCUCUGAACGACCGGAUCUUCAGGCAGCUGUGCGGGGAGAACGAUGAAGCGUUUCAGCGCUUGCUGCUCCACACCGAGGUGCGCUGGCUAUCCAAGGGCAACUGUCUGGCUAGGCUGUGUGAGUUGUUCACAAGUGUCCUGGAGUUUCUUGCCGGUGCCGACGCAGCACUAAGGGACACGCUGUGGUCCUGUCGCGGUGACAUCUUUUACCUGGCAGAUUUCUUUGGGAAGAUGAAUGAAGUGUCACUGAAGCUCCAGGGAGAUGCCUUGACACUGGUCCAUUCAAAAGCCACCAUCUGCAGUUUCCUCGCCAAGCUGGAGCUGUACAGACACAAUUUGAGCAGGCGUCAAUUCAAUAAUUUCCCUCAGCUGGCCAAGGUGGUUGAUGAGCUGACCGAUAACCACCUGCUGCGUUACGCCGAUCACUUGAGGGCAGUGAAGGCGGACAUGGAGAUCCGUUUCAGGGACCUUGAGCAACUCGAGGUCCCUGAGUGGGUGACGGAGCCAUUUCAAACGGAUGCGUCCAGGAGUGAGGCCGAAAUUCAAGAAACUCUCAUCGACCUCCAAAAUGAUGAGGAGGCCAAAGCAACCUUUCGGAGAGUCCUUGAGCUAGAGGUGGCUGCAGUGGAGCACCAGUUCAUCUUCAUUGAUGAGGUUGGAUUCAACCUCACAAAAAGACGAAGGAGAGGAAGGAAUAUCAUUGGCCAGCAUGCCAUUGUUGAAGUCCCUGGCCAGCGCGGAGGGAACAUCACAAUGUGUGCAGCGAUUACCCACCAAGGCGUCAUCCAUCACCAUGCUACCCUUGGCCCCUACAACACUGCCCAUCUGAUCAUGUUCCUGGACACCCUACACCACACACUCAUUCCACCAGAUCAGGUAGAUGGCCCAGAGCAGCUCAGCACCUACCACGGCCCCUCUUCUCCCCAUCGCUGCUGA